AUGCAAGAGAAAUACGAUGAAGAAAUUGAAGCAUUGACCCAAUAUUUAGAUGCACAACCUCCUUAUAAGAAAGGGCAUUUGUACGAGAGCCUUGGACAAGGGAAGGGACUUCCACCACCUUCGGAGAUAGAAGCUCCAAGUAUGGGUUCUAAGCAUUGGUUUGCAUCUUUCUCUACCCUACUUCUCAUAGCUAUAUUGAUCUAUAAUGCUGGAAUUGUUAGUUGUCAAAUUAAGGACUCUAAAAAUUUUUUGAUUUAUGAUGCAACCGGACCUGAGAGUAUUGCCUUUGAUUGGUAUGGUGGUGGCCCGUAUACGGGCAUUUCUGAUGGUCACAUAAUUAAGUGGGUUGCAAUUCUGAAUCGUUGGGUCGAUUUUGCUAUAACAACUCCAUACAGAAUUGGUUGUCAAGGUCCAUUUAAUCAUGUUUACGCAGAGGCCAGAUGUGGGCGACCACUAGGACUUAGUUUUAACCAGAAGACUGGUGAUCUUUACAUUGCUGAUGCCUACAUGGGUCUCCUGGCCGUUGGUCCUAAUGGUGGAUUAGCUAGACCACUGGCAAAGCAAGCAGGAGGAAUUCCAUUCAGGUUCACCAAUGAUGUAGUGGUAGAUCAAUAUAGUGGUAUAGUAUAUUUUACUGACACCAGCACACGAUUUCCAAGAAGUGCAUUUGCUUAUGUGAUAUCAAGUGAUGACAAUACAGGAAGGCCAUUGAAAUAUGACCCAUUGACUCAUCAAGUAACGGUCCUUCUGGAUCAUCUUAUGUUUCCAAAUGGAGUAGCACUGAGCCAAAAUGGGGAUUCCCUACUUGUUACUGAAACCACAAACAGUAGAGUGUUGAGGUAUUGGCUUGAGCCAUCCAGGGCUGGUAAGGUUGAUGUUUUCGCACAACUUCCAGGAAGGCCAUACAACAUCAAAAGAAACCAACAAGGUGAAUUUUGGGUGGCAACUAACUCAAGAGAUGGGAUUUUUAAUCCACUUGGAAUGAUAAUUAAAUUGAGUCCGGAAGGUGACAUAUUGAAGAUAAUAGGAGCUGGAAAUGGGGUGACAUGGGGGUUUAGUAGUGAUGUAAAUGAACAUAAUGGAAAUUUGUGGAUAGGAUCAGUAGAAGGGUCUCGUGUUGUCAGACUAACACUCUCUAACUAG